AUGGAACAAGCCAGGUCUCCAGCGCAGGUAGACUGGCACUCCGACGCGUAUUGGCAGACGCGACGCUUAAGUCCUGCUCAGCUGCAGAUCCACGAUGUUCGCAUAGAAGGCUGGCGGAAUGACAUCGGUCCAAUGUUGGAGAUGAAGGAGGUUUUGUCUUCAACAUUACUUCCGGCGUUGGAAAAACGAAAUCGACUAUCAGACACCCUGCGGGUGGAGGAGUUCACGAAGAAUCGCAGUGAACAGCAUCAUCUUCGCGCGCUGGCGAACGAAUUUGGCUGGAUGAACUGCCUACGGAGCGAUUUAGUUCAAAAAACCGUCUCCGACUCCCGUGACUCGAGGCUUUGUCGAUGGAUCCAUAUCUCUAGCAAAUUCUCCGAUUACCUCGCCGGAUGUCUUCUCGCCCUCUCGGAUUGGGGAAAGGAUCCCCAGGAUGUUCUGACAGCAUUGCAUCAACUGGAGCACUGCAUCCAUCAGAAUGAGCGAUUCUCUAAGCAUGGACGCUAUUUCGCACCUUUUGUCCAGGAUCUUACGGAUCCUGAUGAGUACGAUGAGGGACAUAGCGGAGACCGACCGAUGCUGCUAAGCAUACCAUUUCUCGAUUGGACCGUAGAUGACGAAACUCCUCCGUUACGUUUUCAGGUCGAUCCAAGAGAAAAUUACCAAUCAAGUAGAAGCACAUCACAUAAGCUGAGAUCCAUUCUUCAGCACUUUUAUCGCCUUGAAGACACGUCAGAUCGCGAAGCGCACCAAGUGUUCACGAAACAUAAACCCUGGCAGACAGACCGUGCUUUAGAUCUUAAAGUUCGCCGAUGGUAUGGCCAUUAUCCUACCGGCCUGAACGUGGAUGAGCUGUGGAUACUAGUUAUCGAUGAUCGCCACAUUGUUACUUUCUCAAGCAAUCAGUCCUGGAAGUCGCGAUGGCCUCCGUUGCAAUUAUCAGCUCGCAUUCUCGAGGUAUCAUUCCGAAACGUUCGCAACGCGUUCUUAAACACGACGGAACCGGAUUACACAUCUUCAACUCAUAUCGUCACGGCUCUUAGUGGUGCGAUGGGAAUGCUUCACCGUAGUUUCUGGACAGACAUCACGCUCUGUCUUUCCGACAGAUAUGCUAGCUAUCUAGGGCAUCUACAAUAUCGCCUUCAUAGAAGCCCAAGUACAAAGCUGGUUAUGGAUUUACUACAGGUGCAGGAAGAGUUGAAUAUUAUCAUCCAGAUAAUGGACCAACAAUUGGACGUAGUCACUAAACUACAAGACAUGCUUGGACCUCUUCCAAACAGGCACUCAUCAAUCAGCGGUCCACAGGGCCAUCGACUCCGGGAAGCCAACACUAUAACCCCUAGUGGGAUUGCGACCUAUCGGCAGCUCGCAUUCUCUCGCUUGUCGGAUCCAAGUGCGCAGCUGCUGGAAAACUUGAAACGAGAAUAUAGCGAUUUAUGUGAUCUGCGCGAAAAUAGCAACGCCCUUAUCAAUCGUACCAUUCAACUGGUCAACAUUCGUCUUGAGGACCACGGGAAAGCCAUACUGGUAUUCACUAUUGUCACCAUAAUCUUCUUACCACUCUCUUUCGUGUCAAGUUUCUUCGUUCCUUGA